AUGGAAACCUCCAAACCAGAAAUCUCCCCGCCUCCGUCUCUCCCCCACCUCUUCACAUACCCCUCUUCCACCCCACCCUCGCUCAUCACCCAAGGUGCCGAAGCUCUCCUCUACAAAUCCACAUACUUACUGCCGUCUCUACCCUGCGCACUAAAAUGGCGUCCGUCUAAACCAUAUCGACAUCCGAUUCUUGAUCAGCGGUUGACAAAAGCGAGGAUAUUGGCAGAAGCGAGGGUGUUGGUCAAGUGUAGGAGGGAGGGCGUUGUUGUGCCGGCUGUCUAUGCGGUGGAUGAGGGAAGGGGGUGUAUAAUGGUCGAGUGGAUUGAGGGGGAGGUGGUGAGGAUUAGAUUAAACGAGUGGUUGGAACGGAGGAAGCAGAAGGAAGGGAAUAAGGAGGUUACUGGGGAGGAAGAGGGGACUGAAGAUGCGGUGGACCUUAUGAGGAGGAUUGGACGGGCGGUGGGAAGGAUGCAUGGGGUCGGGGUUGUGCAUGGAGAUCUGACGACGAGUAAUUUGAUGUUGCGACCAAUACAAGUUGAAGGAGAGGAGAUAAACAAUGGGAAGGAGUUAGAAGGGGAGAUUGUUAUAAUUGAUUUUGGAUUGGCGAGCCAGACUACAGCAGAUGAGGAUCGAGCGGUCGACUUAUAUGUGUUAGAGAGAGCAUUUGGAAGUACACAUCCAAGGGCGGAGGGGUUGUUCAGAGAGGUCUUGAAUGCGUAUGGAACAAGUUAUAAAGGAGCACAGGUGGUUUUGAAGAAGUUAGAAGAUGUGAGAAUGAGAGGGAGAAAAAGAAGUAUGUUAGGUUGA